CGGCCGGGAAGUGUGGACGCGUUUCUCCCGAGGCCCGGCCGCCUCGCCCGCUCUAGUCCAGCGGAGCCGGAGCGCCUCGGACCAAUCCCCGGUGAUUAUGCAAGACAGCGGACCAAUCAGCUCCGCCAGCUCAUGAAUAUUUAUGACCUUGGCUGAGUCAAAGCUUUGAAGCGAGUUUGGGGAGCUCGGCAGCAUCAUGCUUAGACUUUUCAAAGAGACAAACUCCAUUUUCUUAUGAAUGGAAAGUGAAAACCCCUGUUCCGCUUAAAUUGGGUUCCUUCCUGUCCUGAGAAACACAGAGACCCCCAAAAGGGAAGCAGAGGAGAGAGAGAGACCCACACCCAGACCCCGCGAGAAGAGAUGACCAUGACCACCAUGCCAGAAAGUCUCAACAGCCCCGUGUCGGGCAAGGCGGUGUUUAUGGAGUUUGGGCCACCCAACCAGCAAAUGUCUCCUUCUCCCAUGUCCCACGGGCACUACUCCAUGCACUGUUUACACUCGGCGGGCCAUUCGCAGCCUGACGGCGCCUACAGCUCGGCCUCGUCUUUCUCACGACCGCUGGGCUACCCCUACGUCAACUCGGUCAGCAGCCACGCGUCCAGCCCCUACAUCAGUUCGGUGCAGUCCUACCCGGGCAGCGCCAGCCUCGCCCAGAGCCGCCUGGAGGACCCAGGGGCUGACUCGGAGAAGAGCACGGUGGUGGAAGGCGGUGAAGUGCGCUUCAAUGGCAAGGGGAAAAAGAUCCGCAAACCCAGGACGAUUUAUUCCAGUUUGCAGUUGCAGGCUUUGAACCGGAGGUUCCAGCAAACUCAGUACCUAGCUCUGCCCGAGAGGGCGGAGCUCGCGGCCUCCUUGGGACUCACGCAGACGCAGGUCAAGAUCUGGUUCCAGAACAAGCGUUCCAAGUUCAAGAAACUGAUGAAGCAGGGCGGGGCGGCUCUGGAGGGUAGCGCGCUGGCCAACGGCCGGGCACUGUCUGCCGGCUCCCCGCCAGUGCCGCCCGGCUGGAACCCCAACUCGUCAUCUGGGAAGGGCUCGGGCGGCAGCGCGGGUUCCUACAUACCCAGCUACACGUCAUGGUACCCCUCGGCGCACCAAGAAGCUAUGCAGCAACCCCAACUCAUGUGA